CUCCACUUCAAGGAGCGCAUUCGGCACUUCACCUGGACCUGGUUUUGCAUGACGAUGGCAACCGGUGGCGUAUCAAACGUCCUCCACGCCGUCCCUGAUCCCUACCGCUUCCCGGGCCUCUACACAAUCGGCUGCAUCUUCUUCCUCCUCAACAUCUUCCUCUUCCUCUUUAAUGUCGUCAUGGUCAGUCUGCGCUUCUACAACUACCCUUCCACCUUCAGGGCCUCUAUCCUCCAUCCGACGGAAUCGCUGUUUAUUCCUGCAAGCCUGGUUUCUGUCGGCAUUAUCCUGCUCAAUAUCACCGAAUAUGGUGCUGUUGAGGGCAAAACGGGACGUUGGCUUACGGCGACCAUGGGUGUCCUCUUCUGGAUCUACUGCGCCCACGCCGUCCUCUUCAGCUGCACAAUCUACCUCAUCAUGUGGUCCACCCAAACCUUCACCAUCGCCCAAAUGACGCCCGUCUGGAUCUUCCCCGCCUACCCCCUCCUCAUCAUCGGCCCCCACGCCGGCGUCCUCGCCUCCAAACUCCCCGCCGGCCCCAAAGCACUCGACGUCAUCAUCGGCGGGUUUGUGUUCCAAGGGAUCGGCUUUCUGGUGUCGCUUAUGAUCUACGCGGCGUUCAUUUACCGUCUCAUGACGCAGAAGUUGCCGCAGGAGUCGCUGAGGCCGGGGAUGUUUAUCUCGGUGGGUCCGUCGGGUUUCACGAUUUCGGGGGUGAUUACCAUGGGUGCGAAUCUGCCUCGGGUCGUCACGCCGGAUUUCAUGGGACCUGGUCUGGGCGACUUUGCGGGGAAAGUGUCGAUGAUCUGCGCGAAUUGGAUGGGCUUGUGGUUGUGGGGACUGGCGAUCUGGUUCUUCAUUGUCUCCGUCGGCGCGCAUUGGUCCACGGUGGCGCAUGGGAGGGGGAAGUUCGCCAUGACGUUCUGGAGUUACAUCUUCCCCAACACGGCGCUUACUACCAGUACGUUCGCGGUUGGGAAAGCACUGGAGAGCAGGGCGAUUCAGGUGGUGGGGUGUGUUAUGACGGUCGCGCUUGUGAUCGCGUGGAUCGUCAUCUUCGUCAUGAUGAUUCGGGCGGUAGUGGUGAAGGACAUUCUUUGGCCGCAGAAACAGGAGGAUAGGGAUGAGGGGGGCUGGAGGCAAGAAGGGGCU